UGGAAACACGGUGCCGAAGUCUAGGCGUUGACUGGGUCGCGCAAGCGGGUCUUCGCGCCCGCGACCCUUCUUUUCAUUGCCUAUACAACCCCGAAUCACUCUCUCUCUCUCGCCCCUCUUCUCCGUGACUUUUCGAGUUGUAUCGAGAGAUCGGAGGAGGGCGGAGACAUGGAUUUGUGUCGAAGCGUCUCCUUGCGAGCGGUUCUAUUGAUGUUUUUGGUGGGACUGGCCGCUGCUUCUACCUUCAUCUCAGGUGCUGUGUUCCAAUAUCAUGGAUCUACGGGCCGAAGUUUGCUGCAGACGCUAAAGAAUUGUCCUGUCGACUUCGAGUUCCAGAAUUACACAAUCAUCACAAGCAAGUGCAAGGGGCCCCUGUUUUUGGGUAACCUCUGCUGUGCUGCUCUCACGGAAUUUGCAUGCCCAUUUGCUGAGGAAUUGAAUGAUGCCACCAAUAAUUGUGCAUCAACAAUGUUCACAUAUAUCAAUCAACAGGGCCACUACCCCCCAGGUCUUUUUGCCAGUGAAUGCCAUGGCGACCAGAAUGGGCUUCCAUGCCCUUCUUCCCCUACCCCUUCAAAAUCACAGGAUGACAAUGCAAAUGCUGGUGACAUAAAUCGGAGCCUCACCUCUCUAAUCGUCUUCAUAUCUGGAAUGGUUCUGGCAUGCCUGUUCUCUUGAAGUUGGAAGACUUGCAUUUCUGGAAGCUGCAUUGUUGCAGUCUGUUAUUCGAAUGGAUGAUUUUUUUUUUUUCCUAUAGGAGUUCAGGCCAAUUAUUUUGGUAAUGAUGUCAAGAGCAUUGGAUUGUGGGGAGUAUGUAUUAUCUUUACUUUACCCGAACUUACGUAGGUCUGCUAUAGUGUAAUUCUAAGUUCUAAUUCAUGUAUGGAGUAAGUACACCAUAGUUGUUGUAUGGCUCCUGCGCUUUUUUUUCUC